AUGAGUUCCGGUUUUAUUACCGAGUCAGAAUUGGCGGAGGCUAGAAAACGUCGCCAAGAAGAGUGGGAAAAAGUUCGCACAGCCGAUCAGCCGUUAGAACGGCCGGAAGAAUAUGAUAGCAGAUCUCUCUAUGAUCGGUUAAAGGAGCAAAAGAUGAAAAAAGAUUUAGAGUAUGAAGAAGCUCACAAAUUAAAAAAUCUUAUCCGGGGACUCGAUGACGACGAAGUAAGUUUCCUCGAGUUAGUAGAUAAAAAUAAAAUUGGAAUUGAAAAAGAAAAACUACUCGAAGAAGAGAGAGAACUUAAGGAUUUUAGAAACAGAGUUACAUCGCUCCAGGAAGAAUCAGAAAAUAAAAAAAUCCAGAGCGAACUCAAAACUAAAGUACGCCCCCUAACCUCUACUGCACGACCCUCACAAAAGUCUCUGCUUGGAAUAGGCAUCAAACGCAAAAACGGCGAAAGUGUACCUUCUUCCGCAGUUGGUGUAAGUAAAGUAAUAAAACCAACAACUAAUGAAGAAAGCGAUCCAAAGCAAAGUGAAAAAAAUCCCAAAAGUUUAAAAAAUAUUAAUACAACAGAAUUAGACGUUGGCCAUUUCAAGUGUGUUGCUAUUUUGCCUGGUUUAGGGCCAUAUAAUGAAUCUAGCGAUUCUGAAAUAAGUAGUGGUAGUGAAGAUGAGCCUCACGGAUGUGAUGACAACUGUAAAUAUGAUUUGGUUGGCAGAAAGCAUGAAAAGAAGAAACACAGCCAAGACGACAAUUAA